GUUUCUGGAGUAAAAGAGGUCUAUUAUACUUAUGUAUGUUUCGGGUCUAUUACAUUUUAAGAAUGAAGAGUAAGACAUUCUAAAAGCAGCUCCCUAAUGUGAUCUAAUGUUGAAGAUGCUUUGAAAGGUUGUCUGUUCAUACUGCUUCCAUAUUUGUCACAUAAUAAUUUAAAAAGUUUUCAGACUUGCACCCACAAUGCUUCUAAUGAAGGUAAAAACCAUGUUGAAAGACAAGGAUAAACUCUGAAAUAAUCUAAUCUCAAUCUGUUAAGAAGAGAGGGUAGUAUACAUGCUGUCUUGUGGCAUCAAGCAAAUUUAACCUAUACCGGGUACAGCUGGAAAUGAUCACACUUCAUUUAUCUUUUAAUAUAUAUAUCUGGAUAUUGUCAAUACAUAAUAUUUGUCCUUAAUUUUUUUCAAAUUUACUUUGGGGCAGAGAAAGCAUAUACCCACAUUUACUCUAGAACCUUGAAAUCUCAUCUGAAAGGUAUUCUAAAUAAAAGCAAAGCAGUACUUUUUUGGGAAAAGAAGGGGUAACAGCCAAGAAAGGUUGAGAUGGAAAAAGAACAGAAGGAGUGAAAAUAAAGGCAAAGGAGGAAUGCGGCUGGGCUGCAUGACACUGACUGUCAUGGAAUCAUUUCAUGACUAAAUUUUCCAGCACCAUCAGUGUCCAUUUGACACACAGAUUCCCCAAGGGCAUAAAUUCCCUGCUUGCUUCAACAUUGCUAGUUCUACAGGCCUUGGACAUUGGUCUUUAAACAACUGCUUUAAACUUGGAUCCUUUCUGCAGCAAUGGGCUGCCACUACUUACGUAUUGUUCAGGAUUACCUAAAUGAAACAGAUACAAGUUUUUUGGAGUUUCAUAGUUGACCUGAAAAAUUAAUUAAUGCCAAAACCAUAAUGUGUUCAAUACUUCAAGUGGUUUAUCUGAGCCCUAUCAUCGGGUUUUGCUUUUGAGGUCCCUUUGACAGAGGGAGGGCUCAUAGAGAAUUUUAGGUCUUCAGAGCUAAAGGAUGGUAGCGUGGGCACACAGUGAGAGUUAGAUGAGGUGGGCAGCAGUGGCAUUAAGACAGCACUGCUAGAAGUAGAUGGGAACAUAUCAGCUAAUCAGUGAUGUUACUGUCUUUUCUGAUUCCCAUGAUUGUGUCUAAACACUUCUCAGCUACUUGUUCCAGGUCUUGGAUGCAUGCAAGCUCUUUCUAGAAGAGCUAUGAAUAUCCAUCACUCCUUUUUGCACCUGAAUUUCCACUGAGAGGCUUGUACCCUUUUUCUGAUGGCACACUCUGGCCAAGCUUCUGCAUGAUCAGAGGAUUAGACUGUUAUGAUUCUGCAUAUGAAUUGCCAUCCACUAGACACACAGCCAAAAGGCAGCGGAGUGCCAGGCACUCCCACGCACAAUUGAAAGCAAUGAGAGCUUUGCUCGGGGAGGAGGAGCUACCUGGUGUCUACUCUCCUUUUGAGAAAGAUGUAAAACAUAGCUCUGAAACUGUUCCCCUCGUGCCAGACCUGUCUGAAAACAAAAGCCAGGUUCAAAUAUUAUCAGAAAAAUGAAAGGACACAAACUCAAGAGAACAGACAUAGUCUCUGAUGGAGGUACAUAGUCCCCAGUGCUGAUAGAGUUUGGCUGCUUCUUUCCAGUGAAUUUGUCUGGGAUCUUGCAAAGAAAACCUAAGAAGCAUAACUAAAGCUUGGUUCAUGUACCACAUAGCAGCUGUACUUAUAAAAUUCAUCCAUUCCCAAAUUUUGAGUACUUUGUCUUGCAAAUUCACCCUGCUAUUACGUUAUUGCACUUAUGUUGUGCUGUUGCGGCACGGUCACCUCUCUGCAACAGGUACUAGCGUGAGCUCGGGGUGUGCACCAGAUGUGAAUUAUUUUUAGAGCGCCAGGUAGGUCCAUUAGGUUUCCUCAGGGCAUCACAGCCAUGGGCAGCCCCAAGGGCACGAGCGCAGCUCUCCCGUGCCAGGCCAGCAGCCUCCGCCCGGCGCCGUGUAAUCCCCGCGGGGCGGAUCAGGGUGCGGGGCUGCGGCCCGGCUCUGGAGGCGGCCGGCCCGGGAUCCCCGUGGCCGCGGCCGGCCCGGCUGCGCGCCCAGCGGCCGCCGCUGUCCCGCCGGGAGGGAGCCUGGGCCGCCCCGGCGCCCCCGCCGCGCCCUGCCCGGGGCGGGCCGAGCCCUGCCGGCUUUGCCGGCGCCUGCGGGGGAUUAGCGGGGCAAAGCGCUCAUCCGCCGCUGACCCCGAGGCGGGACCGCAGCCGGGCCGGGGCCGUCCGCAGGAGGAGGAGGGCGAAGCCGAGGCACGGCGGCCGGCGGUGGCGCGGCCCCUGCCCCCUCGGCGGGGCUGGCUCUGCGGGGACCGGAGGUUUCGCUGCGGGGAAUGGAUGGAAACCAAGGUGGAACCUAGCACUGAAGUAGAUCCCUGGCAUCUGUGCCCUCUGAGAACAUUAGAGAGCGAAGAGCUGGAGCCUCCUGCGAGUUCAGUCUGCAGCAAGUCAAAAUGUCAAGAUCAGCUGAAUAAUAAUCCACAGAUGAAAUGUCAGUGUGGACACCCAAUAUGCAUUUAUCAAUAGCGGGAGAUCAGGAGCCAUCAUUUGAAAUGCUUCCAUUGUCUGGGAAAACAAUAAUAUUUGAUAGCUUUCCUGAUCCUUCAGAUACCUGGGAAAUAAUUGAGACUAUUGGCAAAGGAACUUAUGGAAAAGUUUUCAAGGUGUUAAAUAAGAAAAAUGGCAGCAAAGCAGCAGUCAAAAUUUUGGAUCCUGUUCAUAUGUGUUUUCUGUCUUCAUCUCUGCUUCUUUCACUUUCCAUUCUCCACCACCUUCGGUACUUUGGUUCUUUCUUCCUUCCUUGAAUUUUUUUUCUGUAUUCUGUGUUGUGCUACGGAAAAUUACCUUAAAGAUAUUGAUGAAGAAAUUGAAGCUGAGUACAACAUUUUGAAAGCUCUCUCUGAUCAUCCCAAUGUAGUCAAAUUCUACGGCAUGUACUAUAAGAAAGAUGUGAAAAAUGGAGACCAGCUUUGGCUAGUUCUUGAGCUGUGCAAUGGUGGAUCUGUGACUGAUCUUGUGAAAGGAUUUCUGAAGAGAGGCGAAAGGAUGAAUGAACUUAUAAUUGCUUACAUUUUGCAUGAAGCUCUGAUGGGACUUCAGCACUUGCAUGAAAACAAAACUAUCCACCGUGAUAUUAAGGGAAAUAAUAUCCUUUUGACCACUGAAGGAGGAGUCAAGCUUGUGGAUUUUGGUGUGUCUGCUCAGCUGACCAGCACUCGUCUCCGUCGGAACACCUCCGUGGGCACCCCGUUCUGGAUGGCUCCAGAGGUGAUUGCCUGUGAGCAGCAGCUAGAUAGCUCCUAUGAUGCUAGAUGUGAUGCAUGGUCCCUGGGUAUUACUGCAAUAGAGUUGGGAGAUGGAGAUCCACCCCUUGCUGAUUUGCACCCCAUGAGGGCACUCUUCAAAAUACCAAGGAAUCCUCCUCCAACGCUACAGCAGCCUGAACUGUGGUCACCUGAAUUCAAUGACUUCAUUAACAAGUGCUUGACUAAAGAUUAUGAGAAGCGUCCAACAGUAUCUACUCUUUUGCAGCAUGAUUUUAUUAAGCAAAUUGAAGGAAAAGAAAACGUGCUGCAAAGGCAACUCAUGGAAUUUAUUGAUGUUCAUCAACAAAUGGGAGUCACUGAAAAGGCAAGAUUUGAACGUAUUCACACAAAGAAAGGGAACUACAGUAAGUCACUAGUUUCAAACCAAGAAGAGGUAGAUGAUUUAGCAACCUUGGAGGUACUGGAUGAGAAUACAGUAACGGAGCAGUUGCAGAAGGGUUAUGCCAAGGACCAGAUCUACACAUACGUUGGGGACAUUCUCAUCGCUGUCAAUCCAUUUCGCAACAUAGAUAUUUAUUCUUCACAGCAUUCCAAACUGUAUAUUGGAGCCAAACGGACUGCAAACCCUCCUCACAUUUUUGCUGUUGCUGACAUAGGCUAUCAGUCCAUGGUGACAUACAACUCUGAUCAGUGUAUUGUUAUUUCUGGGGAAAGUGGAGCUGGCAAGACGCAAAGUGCCCAUCUGCUGGUUCAGCAGCUCACUGUCCUCGGCAAGGCUAAUAACAGGACUCUGCAGGAGAAGAUUCUCCAGGUGAACAACCUUGUAGAAGCAUUUGGGAAUGCAGGCACUAUCAUCAAUGAUAAUUCAAGCAGAUUUGGAAAAUAUUUGGAAAUGAAAUUCACUUGUGGUGGCACUGUAGUCGGAGCUCAGAUUUCAGAGUACCUCCUUGAAAAAUCCAGAGUUGUCCACCAGGCAGUAGGAGAGAAAAAUUUCCAUAUUUUUUAUUAUAUUUAUGCUGGUCUUGCAGAAAAGAAAAAACUGGCACAUUAUAAACUGCCAGAAUAUAGACCUCCCAGAUAUCUGCAAAAUGAUCAUUUCAGAAUAGUGCAAGAUUUCAUGAAUAAUAGCUUUUAUAAAUCUCAGUUUGAAUUAAUAGAACAAUGCUUCAAAGUCAUAGGUUUUACACUGGAGGAACUUGGAAGUGUGUACAGUGUCCUGGCUGCCAUUUUAAAUGUGGGUAACAUUGAAUUUUCUGCGGUAGUAUCUGAACAUAUGAUUGACAAGAGCAACAUUUCCAAUCCAGUAGCCCUUGAGAACUGUGCAUCCCUGCUGUGUAUUCAGGCAGAUGAACUGCAAGAAGCCCUCACCUCUCACUGUGUAGUGACUCGAGGAGAAACCAUUAUUCGUCCCAACACUGUGGAAAAAGCCACUGAUGUCAGAGAUGCCAUGGCCAAAGCACUGUAUGGGCGCCUCUUCAGCUGGAUAGUCAAUCGCAUCAACACUUUACUCAAACCUGACAAACAUUUAAGUGAAAAUGAUGACGGCUUGAAUAUUGGAAUUCUUGACAUCUUUGGCUUUGAGAAUUUCAAAAAAAAUUCUUUUGAGCAACUGUGUAUCAACAUUGCCAAUGAACAAAUUCAGUUCUACUUCAAUCAACAUGUCUUUGCCUGGGAACAGAAUGAAUACCUUUACGAAGGUGUUGAUGCAAGAGUUAUAGAAUACGAGGACAACAGGCCUCUCCUAGAUAUGUUCCUGCAGAAACCAAUGGGUUUAUUGUCUCUGCUGGAUGAGGAAAGUCGAUUCCCACAAGCAACAGAUCAGACACUUGUAGAAAAAUUUGAAGAUAAUUUGAAAUCAAAAUAUUUUUGGAGACCCAAAAGAGUAGAUCUAACCUUUGGAAUUUAUCAUUAUGCAGGAAAGGUUCUAUAUAAUGCAAGUGGAUUCCUAGCCAAAAAUAGAGAUACUCUGCCAGCUGAUAUUGUGCUGCUACUGCGAUCAUCUGAAAACAACCUGACACGACAGCUGGUAACUCACCCUCUCACAAAAACAGGUAACCUGGCACACACCAAAAGCAAAACUACAAUCAGUUAUCAAAUGUGGACCUCCCAAAAAUCAAUCAGUCAUACAAAGCUGGAUAUCUUUGUGUUGUGCAAUUCAUAUUCCUUCCGUGAGAAUGAAGCAGGAGAUACUGGACAUCAUCCAAGAGAAACAACCAGCAUGAAAACACAGACAGUUGCUUCUUAUUUUAGAUAUUCUCUGAUGGAUUUGUUAUCCAAAAUGGUCGUUGGCCAGCCUCAUUUUGUCAGGUGCAUCAAGCCAAACAACGACCGGCAGGCAAACAAGUUUGACAAAGAGAAAGUGUUGGUUCAGCUGCGUUACACGGGAAUUCUGGAGACAGCGCGGAUUCGAAGACAGGGUUAUUCACAUCGUAUACUCUUCGCUAACUUCAUAAAACGGUAUUACCUCAUCUGUUACAAAACAAAUGAUGAUCCUCCAGUCAGCCCGGAGACCUGUGCUGCCAUCUUGGAAAAAGCCCACCUUGACAACUGGGUUCUUGGAAAAACUAAAGUAUUCCUCAAAUACUAUCAUGUGGAGCAGCUGAAUUUAAUGCGGAAGGAGACAGUUGACAUGAUUAUUUUGAUUCAAGCUUAUGUCAGAGGGUGGCUGGGUUCGAGGAGAUACAAAAAGAUAAAGGAACAAAGGGAACAAAGUGCUAUUAAAAUACAGUCAGCUUACAGGGGGUUUGUUGCUCGUAAAGAAUACAGAAAUGCAAAGCAUAAUAAAAAAGUGGAAGAAUAUAUGACCAAAUUUCAAGCAAUUGCCAGAGGAUACUUACUCAGGAAGAAGAGAAAAGAACUUACUGAAACAAGAAACAAAGCAGCAAUAACAAUUCAGUCUCACUACAGGGGAUAUAAGGAAAGGAAGGUCUUCAAAAGCAGGAGGGAAUCACUCAGAAAGCAAGAAACUGAAAAUGCAACAAUUAGCAAGAAGGAAAACGAUGAAGAACUUCAAGAUCCUGAGGAAAGUCCAACUGAGAGUGCCCUCCCUAGAACAGAAGAAGAAGCAGCUGCCAUAGCAGAGGAUGAAUCUGCCAUAGCAGAGGAUGAAUUAUCUGCUGUGGAAUUCCUUGAAGCACAACUGCAGCCAGCUCAAAAUGAUACACUGGAAGAAGUAGCAAGCGAGGAGGCUCAAGAUGAACCUGGUGCUGUCACUGACAGCAAGUGCUCUGGGUACAGUGACACAGGGAAUGGAGAGGAGCAACAGCAAACAUCUAGUGAAGGAGAAGCUUCUGUGAAGCAGAACCUGGCAGUAGAAGAGGUUAGUGAAGGUGAAGAACAGGACUCUUUGGAAGAGUUACCCAGCAAACCUUCUGUCAAAACCUCAGCUGAACCUAGACCCCAGCAAGAGCAAGAUAAUCAAGACACACUCAGUGCAGACUGGCAAAAUCAAGAAUCUGGUGUGGUCCAGCCCAGGACUGACAGGGAUGUGGAAAGAAACUACCUAAAGCAUGAAGCAGCAAUGCCUACAGGAGGUAAAGGAAUCACAAGAAAAGAGUCACUAAGAAGAGGCUCAUGGAAGCAAGCUGAGGCAGAAAAGCAAGGUUCAGAAGACAAAGAGAAGGCAGCAGUUGUAAUUCAGAGUAAUUACCGGGGUUACAGAAGGAGAGGACAACUCAGAAAAGAAGGGAAACUACCUUGCAAAAGUCAAGAGAAAACAAUAAAGGAGCCAACAGAAGCAAUACACAUUCAAAAUAACAAUCCCCAAACAACAAAAGGUAGGGAAAGCACCAGUACAGAAGCUGAAGACUCUAAGACACUGAAGGGAGACUCAGAGAAAGAAGCUUGUGAUUUGGCAGCCUUUUCACGACAGAUAUCAAAAUUAUCUGAAGAUUACUUAGCAUUGCAGCAAAAACUGAAUGAAAUGAUAUUGUCCCAUCAGCUGAGACCUGUGAUGAUGUCCAAAGAUAAGCAAGCUAAUGGCCGGCUUUCUUCUCAUGUUUGUCAGUCAGUUGUGGCCAAAGUAGAAGACUCUCGCCCAAUGCAGAGACCCCCUAGAAGGCCACGGAAGCCCAAGACAUUAAAUAAUCCAGAAGACUCCACCUACUACACUCUGAUACAUAAAUCAAUACAAGAUGAAAAACGGAAACCAAGAAAAGAAAGUCUGAGCAAAGUGCUAGAUUUAGAUAUCUACUACCAAGAAAUUUCAUCUACUGACUCCAGCUCCAAGGACAGCAGUACUACCACAAGAAGGAAGAGAUACCCAAUUGAGCGCAGGACUUCCAUUUUACGAGCUACUGAGCGGUCGAGGGUGGCAGAAAGACCCCUGGAAGAGAGCAAAGCUGAAGAUAAUCCCUAUGACUACAGACGACUGCUGCGGAAGACCUCACAGCGCCGGCGCCUUAUCCAGCAGUUCUAGCUGCUGCUGCUGCUGUUCCUGCUGCCAUUUGGCUUUUAUUAGCAUACAUUUUUUUUUAUCAUUUUAUACCAUGUGUUUCCUUUUUUUUUUUUUUUUAAUCUUCAAUGUUUCGAGUUUAUGUGUGUGUUCAUGUGGAUAUGAAUUACUGUGGUUUACAGCCCAACACCAUUGCAAAGGGACACUCUCAGUCAUGUAUCCUAUUUUUCCCUAAUAAAAAAAUCACCUUUCUUUCAUGUACCAUUGCUCCAUCCUAAAAUUAUUAAACAGCUUAAGUCUUGUUUACUUUCUUCAGUGCAUAUUUCUUUUUUUCCAUUCCAUCAGUCUCAUCCAAUCAAAAAAUAAUUUACUUUAUAGUUCCCUAGUUAAGCUUUCUAAUUUCCAUAUUCAACUUCAGAAAACCUUCGUUAUUGUUUCUAAUAAAUUGUUUUACAGGAAAAAAAAAUUACAAGAGCACCAUGGGGACAUUUCUGCUUAUUUUAGUUUACAUUGCUUAAAUUUUGGGAUGACCUGUUUGUGGCAAGUGUCCCUCUAAUGCAAACAUAUACGAUUAACUGGAUAGCAUAAUAUGGCAAUUUAUUUCAUUAUUGACUUUACUGUAAAGCUAGUAGCCAGUUUUAAAGGUCAAUAUUGUGUGUAUAAUCUUUAUGUUGGAGAUGUCCAUUUAUGGGAAGUAUAUCCAGCCCUCUCCUCUGCCUCUGAGCUUUGUGACUAAGUGAUGAACUUCGAAAUCAUGUUUGCUUUGUUCUCAUUUGCAUUAGAUUUUUAGGAAUCUUAAUCUCUGGGGUACCAAGAAAGGAAUAGAAAUACACUCUCUGGUUGAUUGCUGCUGAAAUGUAAUGAUCAUUCUUAAUCAGUUCCACUAGAAAUUAAAUGAAAAUACAGGCAGUAGCCCCAGUGUUCAAAUUUCCCCCGAUUCCGUAUUCAAAAGACCUUAUUUCACAGAAACCACACAGAUAAUUGCAGCGCUUCCUUUCAGGAUUUAUAAUUGCGUGUUCCCAGCUGCAAAGCAAGAGAAGGCAAAUUUCAUGAUGCCAGCAUAAAGGCCUGAUCCUACUCUGUUCCUCAGCUCUCCUAAAUGUGACAAUUGGCGGCAGCAGUCAGCCACAGGGGCUGGGUUUUGGCCUUUUCCCCAGAGACAGAUAACCAUUGCUUCCUGAUCUGUAACUAGUUACAAGGCUGUGCACCGGAUUAAAACGUACUGCAAUGUAAAAUUUGCUAUAAAUUGUUAAAAUUUUGAAAUCUGUUCUAAAGUCGCUUUGUCAUGUAUUAAUAAAACGGUAAAUAAAAGUGUACAAAGCAGUGAUACGGUUGUUUGUGUCUGA